UGUCUGUCUUUCUGCCUAUGGAUAAGGAUGUAGCUCUUAGCUACUUCUCCAGCACCAUACCUGCCUGCUGCCUCAAUGCCCCCUGCUGCCAUGUGUUCUGCCAUGAUGAUAAUGGACUAAGCCCCUGAAACCUUAGACAAGCCCCCAAUUAAAUGCUUUCCUUUAUAAGAAUUGCCUUGGUCAUGGUGUCUUUUCACAGCACUAGAACAGUGAUUAAGACAAUGGUAUAACCUAUUGUUCCUAAGCUAUAAAAAUAUACAGCGUACUACUGUUCUGAAUACUAGAAGUAACUAUGACACAGCAGCGUUUGUGUGUUUAAACCGAAAGUAUAGUAAAAUCCCCAUGCAGUUGGAAUUUUUCAGCUCCAUCCGAAUCAUAUGAGACUACCAUAAUAUAUGCAGUCCAUUGUUGACUGAAACAUCAUGAUGUGGCUCAUGAUUAUGUAAUGUGAUAAAUGGAAAACCAAAAUAAUGGAAUAGUUGGUGAUGGAGCCCUGUGGGGUGGGUCAGCUGCUCUCGGAUCCCCCUUGCUCUAGGAUGGCGAAGUACAAAGGGACUAACAUAAAGGCUGUGAAGCAGUGCUCAGGGGAGCUCUUCCUGGUUGAGGGCUCUGUGUGCUUGGUUCUUGUGUGGUCUGCCUCAGGAAAAAAAAAUCUUGUUAGAGUGAAUUCUUUCUCACUGAUGAGUGUGUUCCUGUGACUGAGUCUGCACUCCUUUGGCAGGUUAGGGACUGCCAGGUAGAUCACCAUGCUGGUUCUGUGGAAAGGAGGAGCUGAAGUCUUACCCUUGUAAAAGCUAUUUUGUUUUUGAAGUGGGUGGGCCUUUGGCACUAACAGUCAAGGGGAGUAGUACAACGAGGUCUUUGAAGGAAGGAGAAUGUAUCAAAUUACUGUUGUGGAACUUCGAAGUGGGAGUUGAUUAUUGCUUUCCAUUGUCUGUUGGAUGAAAGUUAUACUCCACAGAUUGAUAUUUAAAGACUUCCACAGUCUUUGAUCAGUUCUCCAGACUACUUAUCCUUUUCAUUCAUUCCAGCUCCUUUGUACAUCAGCCAAGAGUGCCUCUGAUAGAACACUAGAAUGUGAUUUGAGAGACCAGAUCCUGUAGUGAAAAUGCCUUUAGACUGUGAGUCAAGUACUGAACUGUGCCUCACUCUUGACUCCUCCAUUUACUAGUGAUUUACUUACCCUCUAAGUCAUUCUCAUUUAUGACCCUUUGUAACAAUGAUGAGUGUCAAAUGAGAAACUUUAUUUUAGAGUUUCUUGGUGAAAAUUAGUAAUAUAUAGAGUUGUGUCAUUAGGUUAUUCCUAAUCAUCACACCAGGUUCUUGUAUAAAUUUUCUUCUUUGCCACUGUAUCUUCUGCCUUCUCUUAGAUACCUAAACUCAUAUGAGUAGAGAAGCACUAGCAUAUAUAAUAGACAACACUGCUGAAACCUCAGUGACCAAAAAUAAUAGACAUAUUUGUGCUUAUUAAUAAUCCAAAUAGCGAGGAAGAGAAGACCCAGUCCCAUGAGUGUAUGUUGGCUUAUAAUUGUGGCAUCCUAAGUUGUCCUGGGCUAACAGUGGCCAACAGCAUGAGGGAAGAGACAGAAUGAAUGGUUGUCUAGGAGGCUUUUAUGCACCAGACUUAGGAUGGGAGCUGGUGAGUAAAUCCAAACAAGAAAAAGUUGAGAAGAGGCUGGAUGGGAAGUGAGUUUGGUUGUCUGUUUGCACAGAGUGGUGAAAAGACUCCAGGAAGAGUGAGGCAGGACCUGUGCUGUUUGAAGACAGAAUGAAGAGGUCCUUCUGUCUGAAUAGUUAGGGAUUGAGAAGGGCUGGAGGGCCUAAGACUGGCUCCUGGGUGGAGGCAGGUGGUUGCAAAGGUCAGGAGUGAGAACUAGGGGUGUUCACAUAUGUUCUAAAGCAACCUUUCAAACAGCUCUGGAGACAGACACUAUUGCCCUUUAAAGCCCGCACAACUAAUAGGCAACCGAGAGAAGUGAGUUAAGUCUGUAUUAGUGAGAACCAGGAAAAUCCUACCUGGAUGACUGGACAACUGAAGCCACAGACAAAGUGGCUGGAGGUGAACCCCUGGGCAUGGGGUAGAGGAAGAUCUUUGUAGACGACCUCCCCUAUGGCUGCUUUAGUUAGAGGAGAGGGAGUAAGAAACGAGGAACACUUCUAGGUGGAAGAAGCGGCCUGAGCAAGGCUCCGAAGGUGAAAACCUGCUUAGAGUGUUCCAGGUUUGAAAAGAGCAGGUUGGUAAAAUCAGGUAGGAGGGACAGCUGAUGAGAUGAUGGGAGGGAAGCAGAACCUAGAUCAUUCAAGAAUUUCCAGGCUUGAUGUGGAGUUGAGAUUUUACUUCAAGGGCAGCGGGAAUUAUACAUUAUACAUUUUGAGUGAUGAGUAAGAUGAUCUCAAUUUAUAUUUUGAAAAGACCAUCCCAUCUAGCUGAUGGAGGAGGAACAGGUGGAGAGGAAGAAAGAAUAUAAAUUCAAUGUAGUAGAUAGGUAAAAAGAAUGCAAAGCCCAGUCUGGAGCUCAGAGAAGAGGUGCUGGCUAGAGAAUAAAAUGUGAUCCUGUUUCCUGUUAGCUCAGUCUGUUCUAAGCCAAGCUUCCUGUGGGUCUCCUUAUCCAUGGCCUCUACUUCUCACCUCCUGUGGUUCAGCCCUCUGUUCUCCAGCUCUGUAACUCCCUGAAAUGUCUAGGGCAAAGGCCUCCCAGGGUCCUUUGUGGUUCUUAAGUCCAGGACAUUCACUGUAGCAAUUCCAGCCUGAGUUGCUUUCCCCUUUAAUGCUUUUAUUCUUGGGCUCUCAGGCCUGUGGCCUUUCAGGUCCUAAGUUCUCAGACCAGUCCUGAUAUGAUGGCAUUCUUGAGGCUUCUAGCCUCUAAUUUUCUUGAUUUCCUAUGUUCCUCUGCUAAAAAUGAACCUUUUCUUCUUCAUCAGUUCUUGGCAGCCCUGUCUCAGGUGCCCCCUCCUCUGAGGGCUUUCCCUGACCCCUCUGGCUGUGUUAGGCACCACUCCCCAUUUUUCAUUUCUCUUGAGUAAUAAACUGGACACUUAUGGUAGCACUUAGCACCUGGUGUUCUUGUCUGCCCAGGUAAUAGUGCACGAAGGAUAGGAUUACAACAAAAUAUUUCAUGAUCUAGGCCAAAGAUUGCUUUUCUUCAUUUCAGAUGAAAGCUACACUUUUUUAUGAAGGUGUCUGACCUUUAAUAGAGCAUUCAUUUCUCACUGAGUCUGAAGGCUGGAGUUUGGGUAUAUCUUCUGUGAACAGAAGAAAUUAGUUUAAUUUAAAAUAAUUAUAAAUUGUCUUCAUAUUCUGAAAGGAACAAAAUGACUUAAAAAAUCUGAAUUGUUUCAGAGGAACUUGUAAAGGCUUGUGUCUCACUGGUAUCUCUGCUUUCCUGCUUACUCUCCAGAAUUUGUAUGUAUCUUGUAUUUUGUGAUUUCACAGUUCUGGGUUUGACGUUACAAUUGCCUCCAUGGUGAUGGGCACUAAUGUUCUGUGCUGAAUUGUGAUAGCUGUGGAAAGUGGCAAAUACACUGGAUGAAAGAUGAGCUUCUUCCUUUAUGUUCUUGCUUCCUGCUAACCAGCUCAUGGUGGAGAGAGAAAAAGAAGAGAUGAGCAGAGAUGGUGCUGUAUCAGUUAGUGCACAAGUCCAGCAUUUGGAAGUUCAGACUGAAUUGCAACUGCCGAGGCAAUAAGUGACUCUUUAAAUAUGCCACAGGACUGCAGCAAGUGAAGGGGGCCCUGGAGAGGAUGAUGAAGUGAGAAUGUUUGGCCCAAGGACAAGAAGCUUAACAAGGAAAAGUGGCUUUCUGCAAAUGACUGAUAAAGCCACCCUUAGAAGCACUUCUCAGGCCCUCAUGGAGUAGCUGAAAUUUGUCCUGCAAGGCCCUCUCGCCUGCUGAUCACCCAGAGUGAUUGUCACCAUGGCCAGCAAGAGGAAGUCCACCACCCCAUGCAUGAUCCCGGUUAAGACUGUGGUGCUGCAGGGGGCCAGCACAGAGGCUCAGCCUGUGGCAACUUUGCCUGAAGGUCCCCAGCAGGAUCUGCCCUCAGAAGCACCUGAUGCCAGCAGUGAGGCAACCCCAAACCCCAGCAGCACUGAGGGCUCUGCCCUGGCAAACGGGCACCGGAGCACUUUGGAUGGCUAUGUGUAUUCCUGUAAAGACUGUGAUUUCAGGUCCCAGGACAUGACUCAGUUUGUAGGGCAUAUGAACUCAGAGCACACAGACUUUAAUAAAGACCCAAAUUUUGUAUGUACAGGAUGCAGUUUCCUGGCAAAAACCCCCGAGGGGCUUUCCCUGCACAAUGCCAAGUGUCACUCAGGGGAAGCCAGCUUUUUGUGGAAUGUGACCAAGCCAGACAAUCAUGUAGUGGUAGAACAGAGUGUCCCUGAGAGUACUAGCACAUCUGACCUAGCAGGUGAAUCUGCCGCUGACGGGACUGAUGGACAGGCUGAAAUCAUUAUUACCAAGACACCAAUCAUGAAGAUAAUGAAAGGCAAAGGCGAAGCCAAGAAAAUCCAUAUGCUUAAAGAAAAUGCUCCCAAUCAGCCUGUGGGUGAAGCUUUGCCAAAGCCAUUGGCUGGGGAGGCAGAGAUUAAAGAGGGGGACCACACUUUCGCCAACGGGGCAACUCCAGUCAGUCAGGCAUCUGCUAGCACCUCAAAGCCCCCUCAUGCUGCCAAUGGGCCCCUGAUAGGAACAGUGCCAGUACUACCAGCUGGUAUAGCACAGUUCCUCUCCCUCCAGCAGCAGCCCCCAGUGCAAGCCCAGCACCAUACCCACCAGCCCCUGCCCACAUCCAAGGCCCUUCCAAAAGUCAUGAUCCCCCUGAGCAGCAUCCCAACAUACAAUGCAGCUAUGGACUCCAACAGCUUUCUGAAGAACUCCUUCCACAAAUUCCCCUACCCAACCAAAGCUGAACUCUGCUAUUUGACUGUGGUGACCAAGUAUCCAGAAGAACAGCUUAAGAUCUGGUUCACAGCCCAGAGGCUGAAGCAGGGAAUCAGCUGGUCUCCUGAGGAGAUUGAAGAUGCCCGGAAAAAGAUGUUCAAUACAGUCAUCCAAUCUGUGCCUCAGCCCACCAUCACAGUUCUAAACACACCCCUUGUUGCCAGUACUGGCAAUGUACAGCAUCUCAUCCAGGCCGCUCUCCCAGGCCAUGUUGUGGGACAGCCAGAGGGCACAGCAGGGGGCCUCCUGGUCACUCAGCCAUUGAUGGCCAACGGGUUACAAGCGUCAAGCUCAUCUCUCCCCCUGACAACUGCAUCUGUUCCCAAGCCAACUGUGGCACCCAUCAACACUGUGUGUUCAAAUACAACAUCAGCUGUGAAGGUAGUCAAUGCAGCCCAGUCACUCCUCACAGCAUGCCCCAGCAUAACUUCCCAAGCCUUCCUUGAUGCAAGCAUCUACAAAAACAAGAAGUCUCAUGAACAGCUGUCAGCCCUGAAAGGAAGCUUCUGUCGGAACCAGUUCCCUGGGCAGAGUGAAGUAGAGCACCUGACCAAAGUGACAGGCCUCAGUACCAGAGAGGUGCGGAAGUGGUUCAGUGACCGGCGGUACCACUGCCGGAACCUGAAGGGCUCCAGGGCCAUGAUGCCUGGAGAGCAUGGCUCUGUUCUCAUUGACUCUGUGCCAGAGGUGCCCUUUCCUCUGUCCUCCAAAGUUCCGGAGGUGACCUGUAUCCCAACAGCAACCUCACUAGCAAGCCACCCUGCCACAAAACGACAAUCUUGGCACCAGACCCCAGACUUCACACCAACCAAAUACAAAGAGAGAGCCCCAGAGCAGCUUCGAGUUCUGGAGAGCAGCUUUGCACAAAACCCGCUUCCCCCUGAGGAGGAGCUAGAUCGCCUGAGAAGUGAAACCAAAAUGACCCGAAGGGAAAUCGAUGGCUGGUUCUCAGAGAGACGGAAAAAGGUGAAUGCUGAGGAGCCCAGGAAGGCUGAUGGGCAGGUACCUCAGGAGGAGGAGGGUGCUGAGGAGGAGGGUGGAGAUGAAGAGUUGGCCAGUGAGCUGAGGGUUCCUGGAGAAAAUGGCUCUCCUGAAAUGUUUCUUAGCCAUACCUUGGCAGAGCGGAAGGUCAGCCCCAUAAAAAUCAACCUCAAGAACCUGCGGGUCACUGAAGCCAGCGGCAAGAGUGAGCUUCCAGGGCCGGGUGUCUGCGAGCCUGAGGAGGAGGGUUUGCACAAGCUGGUAGAGCAGCCACUGGGCAAAGUGAGCUACAAGAAGACGGCACAGCAGCGUCACUUGCUACGGCAGCUCUUCGUCCAGACACAGUGGCCGAGCAACCAGGACUAUGACUCCAUCAUGGCCCAAACAGGGCUGCCCCGGCCAGAGGUGGUACGCUGGUUCGGAGACAGCAGGUACGCCCUGAAGAAUGGCCAGCUCAAGUGGUAUGAAGACUAUAAGAGGGGCAACUUCCCACCAGGUCUGCUCGUCAUUGCCCCUGGCAACCGAGAGCUGCUGCAAGAUUACUACAUGACACACAAGAUGCUGUGUGAGGAAGAUUUGCAGACCCUCUGUGACAAAACCCAAAUGAGUGCCCAGCAGGUCAAGCAGUGGUUUGCUGAGAAAAUGGGUGAAGAGACCCGGGCGGUGGCAGACACAAGCAGUGAGGACAAGGGCCCUGGGACUGGAGAGUCUGUGGCAGUGCACAGAGUGCUGGGUGAUGCCUAUUCAGAGAUGUCUGAGAACAGUGAAUCAUGGGAGCCAAGUGCUCCUGAGGCCAGCUCAGAGCUCUUUGACACUUCGAGUCCCCAGUCUGGACGUCAGCUCGAAACAGACUGAAUUUGAUCUGAUUACUGUGAAGGACCGGCCAGUCUGGGAUGCUGUCUACCACGUGGAAGGACCAAACCUGCCAUGCAUCAUCUUGAUGGCCAGCUUUGCCAGGCGCCCAAGAGAGCCUCUGGAGGCCUCACUGAGCCCAGAACCUGCCGCCACCCUAACAACCCUCUGCCUGAUACUUCUAAGCAAGUAGCAAGGGGUUCGCAUCAGCCCACCCUCCCACUAUGCAGGACCUCUCCUUUGCCUCCCAGGGACAAGCAGUUCAGAUUGCAUAGACAUAGACCCAGAAUCAAGUUUUUAGCAUAUACAGUUGCCCAUAUACAUUUAAUAAAGCAUCCAA